AUGGCUGUCACUGGUGCUACUAGAAUCGCCAAAUGGAUUCUCGUAGUCUUUAAUGUCCUGGUUUUGUGUGCUGGAGCCAUUGCCAUUGGCCUUGGAGCUUGGGGUCUGACAUCAGAAUACGGCGCUGAGACUCUGAAGAACCUGACGGGAAGCGAGCUGUACCGUGGAGCUGCCAUUGCCAUCAUUGUUGGAGGCUGUAUCUUGGUGGUUAUCUCUUUCUUCGGAGCAAUCGGCGCCAUCAUUGAAAGCAAAGUGCUGCUAGGAAUAUAUUUCGUCAUCAUGCUCCUUCUCCUAAUUCUCUUCGUGACUGCAGCAGCUGUUGGUUUCGCCUUCAGGGACAAGAUAGGAGACGAGCUCGGCAAACAGAUGGAAUCGAGUCUCCUGUAUAAAUACGGAGUCGAUCUUGACAACAACGACGAGAACAAUGAAGUCACUAGUGUCUGGGAUGACGUGCAGAGGAAGCUCGACUGUUGCGGAGUCAGUGGAGGACUCAACAGCACCAAGUCCUGGCUCUUGUGGCAGUCCAGUGUCUGGUUCAAGU